GCGCGACCAGUCGGCCAGCGCGGCAGUGGCCAUGGCGCGCUCCUCGCGCAGCGGCGGCGGUGGCAGCAGGCGCAGCAAGACGCACUGGAUGUGCAGCUGCGGUGGUUGGAACUGGGGCUGGCGCACCACGUGCCUCGGCUGCGGCUGCGCGGCGCCGCCUUGGGCGCUGGAUGCCGCAGCGGCCAGAGCCAGACCCCAGGUGGACAAGGACGGCUGGGUGGAUCAGCCACGAGGGCGCCGUGCCCAGCGGCAGGCCCGCAGCGCGGUUACGAGUGCGGCCUGCGCCAAGUCGCAGACCUCGGCAUCGGGCGACAGUGGGGCGCCCAGCGGCAGCGGCGCCACGGCGAUCGAGAGGCUGCAGGCAGCAGUCGAGCAGCUGGAGGCGCUGCAGGCGGAGCCGCCCGACGGAGUUGACAGCUGCUUCACCGACGUCGUCGCCAGCCAGUUGGAGGCCAAGCGCGCCGAGCUGGUCGAGGCCCAGCGGGCAGCAGCGGAGCAGAAGGCGUCCUCCCUGCCGCUGUCGACGCUGCUCCACAAGGAGGCGAACGCCAGCAGCAAGGGCGAGAAGCGGCUCCGAGCCGCGCGCCAGAGCCUGGAGCAGAAACAGGCGGCGCGCGACCUCGCCGAGGCCCAGCUCCAGAAGGCCCAGCAGGAGCUGGCGCAGCUCGACGCGGAGGUGGAGGAAGCCUCCCGUGCGUUCCGCGCCCUCGAGGAGGAGGCCCGAGUGGAGGCCGAGGCGCAGCGGUGUCAGCGCGCGGCGGAGUGGGCAGGGUCCAGCCAGGUCCCUGGGCUCCUCUUGCAGCUGGACAAGCUGCCCGAGGCUUGGCUCCAGCCGCUUCGAGGAGGCGCCGAGCCCUGGCAGCCGCAGAGCGCCGCGGAGCGCGGCCAGGCAGAGCGUCGCGGCGACGCCUGCGGCCCAGAGCGCAGGGCCCACUGGCGCCAGGCCAAGCAGCAACGGCAGCUCAGGACGUCCGAUGCGGGCUCGAGGUGCUCGGGAUCAACGGCAACACCUGGGGGGGGGAGCCUGGAGGUCAUCGAGGCCUUUGCCUCUCGGCACGGUGCCCUGCCGCACCUGGUGAUGCUCCAGGAGACCCGCUUGGCUCCGCGCCGCCUGGAGGCAGCCAGGGGAGCAGCGCGCCGCCUGGGAUAUGCAGCCUUCCUCCACGCGGCGGCGCCCGCGGACAAGGAAGGCCCGCUGGCGAACUCAGGUGGCGUGGCGGCCCUGGUGCGCAGCGACCUGCAGGCCGCGGAGAUAGCCUGGAUGGUACCGAGCGACUUGAGGCAUCGCAUGAUUGGGGUCACAGUGUCCACCGCGUCAGGCCUGCAGCUCCUGGCGUGCUCGCUGUAUCUGCAGGACGCCCUGGGGCCCAAGGGCAUCAACCUCGACAUCUUCGCCGCCUUCGGCGACGUGGUGCUCUCCGAAGGCAUGCCCUGGCUCGCGCAGGGCGGCUUCAACAUGGAGCCAGGCACGCUGCACGAGUUGGGCUGGCCCAGAGCGCAGCGCGGGACGUACCUGGGGCCUGCCGAGUGCACAUGCGUCGCCCAAGGUGCUGAGCAUGUGUACGACUGGUUCGUGAGCUCCUUCUGCCUGGCCCAUGGGGUAAGAGAGGCCUCGGCUCUGGAUGGCUUUGGGCUGUGUCCCCACAAGCCCGUGAGGCUGCUGCUGCAGGGCGUGAGACCAGACGCUCUGGUGCAAGUGCUGGUUCGACCUGGUCGUUUCCCUGAUGUCGACGCAGCUGCUUGCCGCCCUCACGAUGAUGCUGCAGUCCAGGUGCACCGCCGCGUGGGGCGCACUCGCUGGCAGGUGGAGCCCUGCGGCUGGACCUGGGAAGUGAGCUCCCGACCGAGUGACCCCCACGAGGCCGCUCGGCAGUGGAUCCAAGUCGUCGAGAGCACCUUGGUGGGGAUCCGCGGCAUCGAUGACAGCGACCUGCACAGGUACCUGGGGCGGUCCGAAGGGCCCAAGGUUGUCCUCAAGCCCCUCAGCGCCGUGGAGGACAGGACGCAGCGUUGGCAGCCCGCGCACGAGACAAGGUACGAGCGGCAGGCGGAGCGGGUCCUCGCCGAUGUGGAGGCGGCCACUGUCGCAAUUUGCGAGGAAGACGAAGUCGAGGCCCUCGAGUUCGACGCUAGCGAAUGUGGCGACCUCGUUAGCCAAGCUGGUCUUCAUGGAGACCCAGAGGCGAUUGCAGUGCUGCAACGGCGCCUCGCGAGCUCCCAGAAGCGAGAUGGAAGCCAGAGCUCGGCCUCCUGGAGGGCAUGGGCCAAGGAGGCGGUGCAGAAGGGCGGCAGGCUGGCCCGCAGGUUUGCCAAGGCUGUGCUACCCCCGCAGGUGGUGGACCCCGACACUGGCAGACCCUUGGCAGGCAUGCUGGCUGUCGGGCAGCUGGUGGCCAACUGGCAGGCCCUCUGGCAGCAGGGGGGCUUCAAGUCAGGAGCUGGAGUUGGCAGCUGGGACGUCCAAGGUUCGACGUUGCCGCCCCUCAGCCUGGAGAUGUUGCAG